AUGGAUCCUCAUGGAUAUGGGCGGCCACAUUCGAAGACAGACUAUUCUUGGGCGGGAUCCGACUCCCAAGUGAACCACAACACGUUUACCGACACGUCUUCUAUAGACGACAACCAGGAAGCACAAUUCGAAGCACAAUUCUCUCGCGAUCACGGGAUUGGAGGGUGGAUCGAUCCCAGAGAAUCCCAGCCGGUUAUUCAUCCAAAUGUCUCAAGCGUGGCAACCUCACAUGUCGAUCCAGAACAUUCGCUGCCAUAUCUUUCAUCGCGAUCUUUUAAGCAUACAAAUGAACCUCAAAAACCCUCAUCCUCAAAUCUGACGGUCGGCUCAGCCACCAAUUCUCGACAGCAUGAUACCGAACAGAUUCGCUGCAAUUGGCAGGGGUGUGCACACCUUUUCGCAACCCGCGGCGCCUUGAAGCGUCAUAUUGAAUUUUACCAUAUUCGUCCAGCUAGUUUUGCUUGUCCUCAUGCAGAAUGUGAUAAAAUCUUUAAUAGGGAAAGCAACUUGGGCGAGCACCUUCGUGGGGUGCACCACGAACAAAAUGGGCGUGGAUCUCAUCAGGGAAGUAAUAAUGGAUGGAAUGCAUAUAAUGCACAGGGAAAAGGGGUGCACUCCUCAAGGCCAUUGGAAACACCUCAUUCUUUAGCCGAGUGGAGACAGCAACACCAUGGUCGCUACCCUGAAAGACACACCGAGAAUCUGGGUGACCUCGAUGGGCCCAUCCAAGAUAAGCAUGAGGGGCUCAUUAAAACUGGUGGCGAAGCAAUCCAAGGCAGACCAUCUAGCCCUGGCUUAGAAGACCAUUGCAUACAGCGAUUUCAUGAGUCAAGAUUGGAGACUGAUAAUGCACCUUCAAGUGAAAAGCACUUGGGUAUGCACUUGCAGGACAAGUCCAUCGGACGGUCGAUGGAGACCGAUUUUACCUUGCUACCAAAAAAGCAGCCCUUAUGCGACCGGGACUGA